UGUCGGAGGUGUCACGCCGCCGCCGUGCCGCCGCUGAGUGACACCCGUGACCCGGUUCGGGGCGCGCGGACGGACGGGUUGAUUGCUCUGCCUCCGCUCCCCGCCCCUAGAGUGGGCGCCGGAGACGGACUCGGUUACUGAGGCCUGUCGCAGUGCUGAGGGACCCACCAGUCGGAGACGGGCUCCCCGAGCGGCGAAACCACGCCACACUGCCCGGAAAACAGCGCAGCCACGACCACACCAGAAAACAACCGACGACCAGACUGUCAAAAACCAACAACAUUGUCAGCAUAGGUUACAUAGCCAGCUUUUCAGAGCCUUAAAGGUGACCUUGCGUAAUGUCUACUAGCACAGAUCAUUGGGUUCCAGCAAGAAAGAUGUCGAAUAUGGCUCGAGCUUGUCUUGUUGGGGCGCUUCUUACAACAGCGAGAGGGUUUCCGCAGGCGGCGGACCCCGCGGGACGGCAGGCGGCGGACCCCGCGGGACGGCAGACGGCUACCAUCACCGCCGGCGCCACUCACUCGCCCGUCGGACCCUUCGUCGCGGUUGGUACGGGCGUCACCAACGUGCUGGCGGGCCGCGGCGGCGCCCAGCUGGUGGCCGCCAGUACCGGAAUCCAGGGCGGCGGGGGAUUUAGCUUCGGCACCAACCAGGUCACCGCCACGGCAGAGCGUGCUGGGGAGCUGCCGAUUCAGGCCAACUCGGGCAGCACGCUGGUGUCCACUGACCAGGCGGCGCUGGGGACGUCUCAGGCUUCCACUCUGAGCACGGAGCCGUCCGGCCGGGCCGGCCAGCCCAGCCGGGUGGCGGCCACACAGGCGCAGGUGUCGGCCAUCUCUGUGCGCGGCGGUCUGACCGACCGGCAGCAGCACAUCGGCACCAUCGAGGUCGGUCCGGCCGGGCCGCGCGCCAACAUCGGCAAUGUGGUGGAGCGCCAGCUGACUCGGGCCGGACAGCAGGCAGAUCGGCUGAACCUGUCGGCUGCACAGCUGCGGCGCCAGGCUGCCGGAUUCUCCGAGCGCACCGCGCGCACAGUGACCGGAUCUCCGAGCGCACCGCGCGCACAGUGACCGGAUCUCCGAGCGCACCGCGCGCACAGUGACCGGAUCUCCGAGCGCACCGCGCGCAGUGACCGCCGUCCGGCCGAGCGGGCUCUGAUCGGCGGUGGUCGGCUGAGCCCGACCGACCGACCGACCGACCGACCGACAGACCGACCGACCGACCGACCGACCGACCGACCGACCGACCGACAGACCGACCGACAGACCAACCGACCGACCGACCGACCGACCGACCGACCGACCGACCGACCGACCGACCGACAAACGGACAGACGGGCCGACCGACCAACCGACAGACGGACAGACAGACGGGCCGACAAACGGACAGACAGACAGACAGACAGACAGACAGACAGACAGACAGACGGACAGACAGAGCGGCCGACCGACCAACCGACAGACGGACAGACAGACAGACGGGCCGACCGACCGACCGACCGACCGACCGACCGACCGACAGACAGACAGACAGACAGACAGACAGGCAGACGGACAGACCGUCGGACUGAUACCUAAAGAUCGGCUGAGAGCAUCCCAGUGGCGACCUCUGACACAGUCUCCUAUAGAUGGCGUUGUACUAGGUAGGCUCAGAUAGAUGGCGUCACUUUUAAUUGACCAAAAAUUUAUUCAUGUCCUCGAGUAGCCGAAUAAAGCUGUGUUGCAUU